CCGAAAUUAUAUUAAAUAUUAUCAAAUCCGAUAUAAUGGAAAAUUUCAAACCAAAUAUAAUGUUUACGUAAGUGUUUGGAUAGAAAAUAAACGAUAUGCAGCCGGGAUUAGCUCAGGUACUAAUCCCUUUUUACCUCCAAAAAGGGACGAUCGAGUUAUUUGUAGUGCCAUUCUCAAGUCCUAUAAUGCUGAAAUUCAAGCAUCAAUAACCUUUCAAAACAGUAGAUGGAAGGUACUUCCUCGUUAUAUUGCCUAUAUGGUUGGCCAGAAGGGGUGGCAGCGGCGGCAGACACAGGCUUCCACGGGCCAUAAAACUUUAACAAGCAACUAUCGGCCAGCCAUAGCAGCCAUACACAGGAGGUGGUCCCUCGCCCCAUCACCACUUCAGCCACAAACUGGUGAUUCAUGAAGCGGCUACCGUUUCAAGCUGCACGGAGCCGUAUGCUACACUUGUGCGACAGAACAUUCCAGUAACCUAUGGAAACGUACUAUUAUGUCAGUUUAAGUAGGUGACGCGUAGUCUAGGUAAGGAGGAGAAGGAUUCUGGGUUACCUCCAUCCACCCCUUAAUCAUGGCUUCCAGACACAGCACAAACUCUGCCGUUAGUCCACCUUUGAGACACGCCAGAAACCUCUCUUCAUAAAAGCAUCUUCCACACACCAUCCUAAACAUUAAUGAUAGCUGGGUUCAAACGCCGCGUGAUAAAAAAAAUUCAAUAAUUCAUAGAGGAAGAGAAGUGGCGGCGGGAAAGAAGCGUAACCACCGGAAGAGCAAUGACGAGCGAGCGGUGCACUUGAGGCUGCGAGGAGCUGGUCUGCGGCGCCGCGACCGCAGACAGCGUCCCGUUAUGACACACAACUUGCUGCUGCUACCACUGCACUCGGAAACUGUUACGAAGAUCUAGGGCUGCGGCUGGGGAAAUAGAUGGACACACGCGACUUUCCCUCUGAGAAAAAAAAAAAAAAAAGAAUGCGUGUGAGUGAGUCAGCGGGUAGCGAGGCGGCGGUUACCUUCACGGUGAUAAUGUAGGUCAGUCUGUGCUCGUGAACUGGUGCUGUGCUCACGCCCACAGCAUCAUGGACAAGGGACUGCAGCGGGCGGUGGUGGCAGUGCUCCUGACGCUCCUCAGUCCAUGCACUCCCUACCUCCACUACCGCCCGCCCUGGCCCGCCGCCCCCAGUGCCCGGGUUAAGUCUGACGGGCUUGUUAGGGAAAGUGUUUUGAGUUUCCCCGCCAAGCACGAGGUGACGCCAGUGGUGCCAAAAAGGACAUCAGCAACACGAGUGCACCCCCACCUGUACCUCCAGCAGCCUUGGCCAGCAACUCUCAGUGCCCGGGACAGGUCUGACGGGCUUGUUAGGGAAAGUGUUUGGAGUAUCCCCAGCAAGCAAGAGGUGACGCCAGUGUUGUCAAAGAGGACAUCAGCAACACGAGUGCCCCCCCACCUGUACCUCCAGCAGCCUUGGCCCGUCGCCCCCAGUGCCCGGGUUAGGUCUGACGGGCUUGUUAAGGAAAGUAUUUGGAGUUUCCCUUACAAGUACGAGAGGACACCAGCAGUGGCAAAGAGGAUGUUAGAGACACGGGUGGGCGACCCUUGCAGCGUUGACGAGGUGACGCAGGAGGCGCGACAGUCCCGCCACGACAACUGUGCGGAGGCAGCGGCGACCACGACCACCGCGACGCCCGCACCCCUGCCCAGCCACAGGCCCCUGAGGAUGGGAGGAUGGUGGUCUCGACCCCUCAGCGACGACACGAGGCUCGACUUCGUGGGGGUGCUGGCUGUCGUCAUUGUCAAGAUAAUCAUGUCGACGGCGCUCGCCUCGUGGUUCCUGGUUGCUGGUCAGCUCCUGUUCGUCAUAGCUGACAUCACGGGCAGUAGUGAAAUUUUCGGCAAUGGCUCUCCUCUAUCCUUUAUCUUCCAGGCCCUACCGCUGGUGGAGAUACUCCUGCGAGGGAGCGCCGCCUUCAACUCGUGAGACUGUCAUGGCGAGUGGCAUCUCCAUAGAACCUUGAAGCUGUAUUCCUCAUGUAGUGGCCCGUCCGAUGCAGAACGUCCGUAAAAGCCCACUCUGCUAGGGGGCGCCUCUUAACCCGAGUGGUAGAGUACGUGGUGGCUUCCCGUCUGGCCGGUCGCAGCUUCAAUACCCGGUUUCUUUGUUUCGAUCAAUGUCUCGUGCUUUUCGUGACACGAUGUCCUUCUCUCUCUGUUCCUAGAUCAUGAGUUUUACUUUUGUUCUUGUUCUCACAGGCUGCCUCUUGUUGUUGAUUAUCCUCUUUAUUUCUUAAUUGCAUGGCUAAGUAAGUAGCAGUGAACCCCAAUUUGUCUUCAUUUUCACCAUUCCUCUCAGCUUGCUUUUUACCAACACUUCGAUGGCAGUAGUUGCUCACCUUCAACUCUUGUUUUUGUCGGGCAGGCCACUUCACUCAAAACAGGAUUAAUUCUUCGCACGUGAUAGCGAUUUAUCUCCACAGCUCUGACUACUGUUCUCCCAUGAUCCCACCUUACAAGGAUAGUUAGUUACACACAAGUCUCCACUUCUUGUUAACUUAAUCUUUUGGAGACGAACAUCAUAUCUCCUUCAAAGCUCUCAAUUCUGAUGGACAUUUAGCCACUCUACACCCUUAUACGUAUGUAACUUUCUUGGACUUUUUACAAACAUUUCUAUGCUCUCUCUUUACCCACCCAAACCACCACACUGCGCAAUAUACUUCAGCCUUUACAGCUUCCCUCAUGCGACAUCUUAUCCUUUAUCCAUGCCACGUACACUUCUACACUAAACGGCAGUCUCUCUCAGUUGAAGGACCUUAUUAUAUAGCCAUGGUGUAAUGACCCAAGACACGGAUAGAGUGUCCAAAGACCCCGCGAGGUAUCCUUUGUCUUAACUGCAUGCAUCGCAUAUCGGUGACCUGUGGUCGAAUCCCUGGUGGAUUGUUGGGAAAAUAUCUCUCCUGAGUACAUCAGUUUAUCAUGAGAUACAGUCAGUGGCAUAUCCCCUAUCACAGUGGUGGAAUUGAUUCCUCUGUUGUGGUGAUCAUAAUGUAGAGGCAGGGAAUUGGGGGAGCUGUCUUGGCGGGGAACUCGUGUUCGAUUCCAGGGAGGAUUGCUUGGAAAGAAAAGAUUUAUCUUCCCAAACAGAUAAUUUUCCCAUGUGCUUCGACAGUUGGCAUUCCACCAAUUAUAGUGACAAAAUAAUUACUGGGCAUUUUAGAGUUAAUUUGGAGAUUGAUUUAUCUCUAGUUGUGCAAAUAUACAAUAAAUUAACAUCAGUCAUUUUUUUGUCUGUGUUUACAGUUUAAGGACUCAUUUUCUCUCUCUCUCUCUCUCUCAUAAUCAUUGAAUAAACUAAAAUAAUACUGAACAUCCUGUGAUGCACAUAGUAGGCCUACAUGUAAUACCCUUGCAUGGGUAGGGCAAGCCUUGAGCUAAAGUAUAUAAUUAAUGAUUUUGUACCAAUACUUAACAUUACAAGGUACCCAUGUGUGUCUGUGGUUGUGGAGCUCAGCUGCUAAUGGUAUGUUCACGGUUUGAAAGUGUCACCAUUAUGUUUGAAAAUCUGUCUGCCUGUCCUGGAGUGGACAAAGAUGGCCCUGGAAGAGGGGCAGCAUGACCAUGCACACAACAACACUUACAGGAAUGAUGUAAUAUUUAUUUAACAAUUAACAAAAUUGUAGUUUACCUUAGCAUUAUAUUAUAAACAAUUUUGCAGUUCUAUGAAAAAAUUAACCCGUAAGUCGGUGGAGUUGGGGACUUUAAUGUUUCCUAAAAGAACUUUUAUACAUAAACAGUUCACCGUCGGGAACACCACGCGCCAAACACUGGGCACAUCAGUCAACCACAAGUUGGCUUCAGAAGUGACGAAACCACCAAGGGGGCGGACACAUGACCUCCCCUCCCUGGGCGGCACUCCACGAGUCUUAAGCCUUCUGUCUCCAUUGAGUAUUACCUUGCUGGACGGUGCGUGUGGCUGGAGACGCUGCCUCCCUCUACGAUCAAACAUAAUACUGGUGCAUAUCUUUGAGAACAAUAGUUUUAGAUGAGCUUGAGGUGACAUGGUGCAGAGGACAGACAGACGGCAGCCUGGUGGUGGUGGGGCACACUGGGCCCAGCCUCCACCGCUGCCUAUGCAUCGCCGCCAGCCACACUUCGCCCUGGCGCUGCGACACAAUAAACACUGACUCCUGGCGACACGGUAGCGGGGGCGUGAGGUAGACUUAUAGAAAACGGUAAAGUGUUCAACCGCGUGUCUUAAGCAGUCGGUGAGUGAGUGACUGGUGAGGGAGUGAGCGGUGAGCCUCAAGCCCCAUCCCGCACUGCUAGGCCCUUCAGCCUAGCUCCAUGGUGCCACCGCCACACAGCCGUAUGCACGUACACCUGACUGUCAGCAGUGAAAGCUACGAGCUGUGUGUAACUUGCUGCUUUGCCAUCCUCACUCAACCAACACUUAGGAACUUGGUCUGACAACAGCCUUAAACUAAGCUCAUAAAUCAAUGUUGACACUCAAGUGCUGGGUAACACUUUCCCACCAACUUAUUCUUGAAAAAUAUUCAUUAUACCAGAAAUUUCCCCUUUAAAGUAACACAUUGGUACCGAGUCACUAACAAAUAUACAUGAAAAAAUGUAAAGUAGCACCAAGCCUCUGAAGGGCGUCAGAAAGUUACUGUUUUAGGGGAACCUUUUCAGCGUCAGCCAUCACUUGAGCAAGGUCUGCAGGGCUAAGU